GGGCCGGGCCGUGGGGCUGUUCAGCGAUCCUCAGAGCUGAAGUUGGCACCAGAAAUGAGCGCCUUCAGACCCAGGAGAGGGGUCGACCUCUUCGUGCCGUGGAGAGGCUCUGGGUCGUGGCGGUGCUUGUGGUGGUCGGUGUGCGUUUUCGGGGUGACGGUGGGAUCUGGGGAUCCGUGGAUGUCCACGGAGGCAUGUCCCUCGUCCUGUUCCUGCAGCAGCACCAGGAUCUCCUGCGUGGAUCCGGAGCGGGGCAUCACUGCCUUCCCGGUGCUGCAGAGUGAGGCAGAGAUGGAGAACAUCACCGACAUCUACAUCGCUAACCAGAGCAGCUUCUCCUCAAUCAACGACAAAGACCUGCACUACUACAAGAAUCUCAGGAACCUGACGGUGACCAACAGCAGGCUCACAUACGUAUCAAAGCUGGCUUUUCUGGACAACAUCAAGUUACAGUACCUGAACCUUAAAGAUAACAACCUGUCAUCACUGACCUGGAGACCAUUCAAGCACCUCAACAUCUCUUAUCUAACCCUGUCAGGGAACCCUUUACACUGUUCCUGUGAGAACAUGUGGAUCAAACUGUGGUUAGGGGAGGAAGCAGACACUCAGGAUCUACGCUGCAUUGAGGACGGAGGAGCCCGCAAGCUGUUGUCCAGACUGAACCUGCCUUACUGUGAGGUACCCACGGCAACACUUAGCCCACCUAAAGUGACGAUAAUGGAGGGAGACAAUGUGCAGCUGACCUGUACCACAGCCGGAGUGCCCUCACCUGAACUGAUAUGGGACAUGUCAUUAUUCACCAACUAUGUGAUCGAGACAUCCGGCCAGAUUUCAGUCCUGCGACUUUCCAAUCUGUCAUCCUCGGACCACAACAGCAGGAUCAGCUGCAUAGCAGAGAACAUAGUGGGAGACAGAGAAUCCUCUCUGCUGCUCAACAUACUGUUUCCUCCUAAAAUCACCAAGUUGAGCGAUGCCAUCUCGGACCAUCACUGGUGCAUCCCCUUCAGCGUGUCAGGAAAUCCUCAGCCAGAACUGCAGUGGUAUCGGAAUGAUGUGGAAGUGACCGAGGGCCAGUACAUUAUGACCAUGAUCCAUGACAUCACAGAGAGGGAGUACCACGGCUGUCUGCAGCUGGACAGUCCCACACACAUUAACAACGGCAGGUACAGGCUGGUGGCUAAAAAUAGAUAUGGCACUGACAGGAAGGAGGUGGACGCUCACUUCAUGGUGGAGCCCUGGGGUAAAGGUGAGUUCUAACACAAUUUCACACAAAAUACAUUUCCAUACAUUAUAGCACAUGUGUAUACAUAUGGUCCUCCAAGUGAACCACCUGAGGACAGAGUUGCAGUGUACGUCGUGGUCGGUAUCGCUGCUGUAGCCUUUACAGGUUUCCUCCUGAUGUUAGUUAUUCUCAAGUUCGGAGGGAACUCCAAGUUUAACAUCAAAGGACCGUCAUCGGUAAUCAGCAAUGAUGAUGACUCUGCCUCUCCUCUCCACCACGUCUCCAAUGGCAGCAACACUCCAUCAUCCUCAGAGAUGGGCCCUGACGCGGUCAUCAUUGGCAUGACUAAUAUCCCGGUGAUCGAAAACCCUCAGUACUUCAGGAGCACAAACAGUUUGCUCAAAACCGACACCUUCAUCCAGCACAUUAUGAGACACAACAUUGUUCUGAAGAGGGAGCUGGGAGAGGGAGCCUUCGGAAAAGUCUUUCUGGCUGAGUGUUACAACCUCUCACCUGACCAGGAGAAGAUACUGGUGGCUGUGAAGACACUUAAAGAGGCCAGUGAAAAUGCCAGAAAAGAUUUCCACCGCGAGGCUGAGCUGCUGACCAAUCUUCAACAUGAACACAUUGUCACCUUCUAUGGCGUGUGUGUGGAGAGCGACCCACUCAUCAUGGUCUUUGAGUACAUGAAACACGGAGACCUCAACAAGUUCCUCAGGGCUCAUGGUCCAGAUGCUGUCCUCAUGGCCAAGGGCCAGACCACCCGACCUGUGGAGCUGACCCAGUCUCAGAUGCUACACAUCGCCCAGCAGAUCGCAUCUGGCAUGGUCUACCUGGCAUCACAACACUUUGUGCAUUGUGACCUGGCCACCAGGAACUGCCUGGUGGGUGAGAACCUGCUGGUGAAGAUCGGGGACUUUGGCAUGUCCAGAGACGUCUAUAGCACUGACUACUACAGGGUCGGGGGUCACACCAUGCUACCAAUCCGCUGGAUGCCUCCUGAAAGCAUCAUGUACAGAAAGUUCACCACAGAAAGUGAUAUCUGGAGUCUAGGAGUCGUUCUCUGGGAGAUAUUCACCUACGGAAAACAGCCCUGGUACCAGCUCUCCAACAAUGAGGUGAGUGAGUGUAUAACCCAGGGCAGGGUGCUGCAGCGCCCCAGGACCUGUCCUAAAGAAGUGUACGACCUGAUGCUGGGCUGCUGGCAGAGAGUACCACACAUGAGACUCAACAUCAAAGAAAUCCACAGUUUGCUCCUCCAUCUGGCCAAGGCUUCACCUGUAUACCUGGAUAUACUGGGCUGAACACAGACGGAGGAGAGUUUCCUGAAUGUGUGAGAAGAGGGAUAUGUUGAAGUGAGGCUGUUUAGUGUCUCAAUAUGCAUUUUAAGGUUCUAGUGUGUACUAUAGGAUGGACAUGGUGUCACCUCUCAAUAAGCUGUGCGUUCAGGUGCAAAACACUGCUGUACAGGAUUUGAAGCUAUUAUCGAACUCUUCGAGGCAAUCAAACGCAUCUCCAACUCCGCCCCAGUCCCCUCUCCCACCUUCCCACUUUUUGCUUCUUUUCAAAUACUUUGAAUCCACCUGUGGCUAGAUUGAGCACACCUGAUGAAGAGGUCCCUGACGUCGGGACCGAGGGACUCACUUUACAGGAUUUCCAGAAGCUUAUGCUUUUGUGUGUGUAAAUAUGAAACUGUGCAAUCUUUUCAGAAGAAAUGGCUCUGCGAGAUGUCGAGCCAUAAAGACACUGUGUUUUUCUCAGCCCCUCUAUCAUACAGUCCUUUUGUUCUUUUGUCUGUCUAAAAAUUGUACAUGAAUACUGGAAAAAUGACAUUAAUCUACAGGUUAAUAUGGUCGAUUAGCAAGAACACACUAAUGACCAAAAAUGAACAAAAAGAAACCUGAUCUGUAAGAAAUUAAAGAUCAGGUUUCUGAUUGGUCAGAUUACAGGUUAUAAUAAACAAUACAAAGCCAACUGAGGCUUGAAGAUGAUGUGGUGGAAAAAAGGGGGGAAAAAAAGAACGAGAAAAGUUGAGCUUUUGUACAACAUUCUAGCUUAAUAAUGAAUAUUAAAAGCAACAAAAAAGGGAAAAAUACUGAUUGAUAAUGCAAGACCGCUAAUUUUACAGAUACAGUAUAUGCACUCAUAUCGCACUGCCUUGGUUUUGCGUUGUAUGGUACUUUGCUUAGGCCAGUGCUGCUCCGUGGUACAGUAAAAAGUGUAACAUGAUGACGAUCAACCAACCAGCGUCUGGCAAAGUGACAGAUGCCUCAUGUGUGAUGUCAAGCACUGGUGUCAGAGGUCAAUUGAUUCAUUUGUCCACAGCUGUCCGGCGAAUGGGAGGCUGGGCUUUCAAGUGGUCAGAUCACGAUUAGAUGUGUGGGCAGCGGUGCUGUAGAAGAUGUGGUUCAUUCGGUCAACCCAUAUUAAAUCAUCAAGGCUCUCAAGCACUCAGACAUCCUUGAAAACCACAUCUGUGCUGGAGGAGAUGCACGCACACAGAAAUGCUGUAUACCUUAUCCUGUCACCCCUCCCCCUGCACCUCCUCCUUCUUCACACACACACACUGAAAGACAGGCCGAGAAGGAAAUUGAAUUGUGCAUGUUUUAUUAUUUGAGCGGUGCAGUGCUUUAGCCCCGGCCCCGUCCUCUGUAAUGGUGUAAUGUAUAUUUUAUUACAGCCUAAUGGGCCACAUUAGCACAGUCUCCUCACAGACAUUCAAGACUUAUUGUUUUAUGGCUUAGAAGGAGAGAUGGACAGAUGAAGGAGAAAACAGGAGCAACUCUGAGAAGCAACAGAGAAGAAACACAAGAAGAAGAAGUAGUAAUAAUGCAUACUGGGGAGAAAUGUAGAGCAGGGGCAGAACUCAGAGGCAAUGGGGUAGAAAGGAGAAGGCAGUGGUAGUGGUAAAGGUGAGAAUGGGUCGUGAAGAUGAGGAGGAAGAGGAGGUGUGAAAGUCCUCAGGGGGAGAGUGAGAGUGAUAAUCCAUCAUCGCUGUGGCCCACAGAUGUUCCAUAAGCCACAACUUCAAGCUCCCAUCACAUUCCUUUGGCUACCUUCACACACACACAUGCACAAACAUAUUACUGACACUCCACCAAAAGCCUACAGUGAAAAUAAACUCAAUGAUGCAUCACACAUCUCUGUGAUGGGGAACCAUUACGUAUCUCGUAACAUUCACAGACACUGUACAAACAGGCACUCUUGUGCAUGACAAACAGCUCUGACAUUUAC